CUUUGUUGUUGUGGAUCAUAAAGUUUGUUUACGUUUUUCAAUGUUUGUUUACGUGUAAAUAACGAUGUCUAUGAUUCAGUGUUCUACGUCUAAACUAUUGGCAAGCCUUUAUGAAAGCAUUGCUGAAAUGUGGGAAUCGAGGCAGCUUUGCGAUGUGGAGAUUAAGGGUUGCGAUGGUCGCUCGAUCGAAGCUCAUCGUCUCGUCUUGUCUGCCAUUAGUCCGUACUUUCGUAGCAUGUUCACAGGCGAUUUAUGUGAAAGUCGACAGAAGAUCGUGAAAAUAGAGAACGUAGAAGGAGAGAUCUUAGCUACACUUGUCAGAUUCGCUUACUUAUCGAAACUUGAAGUGAAUAACACAAACGUCGAAGGACUUUUGGCCGCUUCAAAUUUACUUCAAAUCAAAGAGGUCGAAAAAAUGUGUUGUGAUUUCCUCCAGGGACAGCUACAUCCAUCAAAUUGCCUCGGAAUAUGGGCCUUGGCUGAGCUCCAUCAUUGCAGAGAGCUGUCCUCUUUUACAUUCAGGUUUAUCUUGAAGAAUUUUCCAUCUGUGUCUCAAAGUGAAGAGUUUUGUUGUCUGUCUUUAAAGGAUGUUAAGAUAUUUCUGAAUAAUCCAAAUUUAUCCAUAAACUCUGAGGAAAUGGUUUUCGAAGCUGGUAUCAGAUGGAUUGAAUCAGAAAGCAAACGAGAAUUGCAUUUACCAGAGAUUGUUAGUUGUGUUCGUUUAGGUUCAUUAACACCAGACUAUCUCAGGGAGAAUAUUUUGAAAAGCAAUCUGGUCAGGAAGAGCUUACUUUGCUGCCAAAUUGUCGAGAAUGCUUUGGAGUUUACCUUAUCACCGCUUUCUGAGAAACAGAAGAUUACUGGGAUAACUUGUAAUGCAUCCAGAAUUGCUGAUGGUUACGGAGACCAGUUGAUUGCCGUUGGUGGUUUGAAUGGUAACGAUGCAAUUAAUGUUGUUGAGAAGUACAACAUGUACACCGACUCGUGGGAGGUUGUAUCAGAUAUGCCGACCAGCAGAUAUGGAGUUGCCAUGGCAAAGUUACAUGGGUUAGUUUACUGUUUGGGUGGGUGUACAUCUGGGAUAUUCUUGGAUAUAUGUGAAUGUUAUGAUAUAGAUCUUGACUCCUGGCAAACCAUUGCAUCCAUGUCCCGACCACGGAAGUACCUUGGUGCUGCUCAAUCUCACAACCGGAUCUUUGCCAUCGGUGGAACAGAUGGCUACACAAAGCAAAAGUCAGUUGAGAAUUUUGAUCCUAACAGAAACGAAUGGGCACCCUGUGCAUCGAUGGGAAUACCUCGAAUGUAUGUUGGUACAGCAACCAUUGGUGGGCUGGUAUAUGCGGUUGGUGGUCACGAUGGUGUUAAGAGAUUGAAAAGCGUGGAGUGCUAUGAUGUGGUUAAUGAUUGUUGGUUGCCAGUUAGAUCAAUGGAGAGUGAAAGAUCAGUGGCUGGUGUUACCUCAAUGGAUAACAUUAUGUACUGUUGUGGGGGAUUUGAUGGAACUUCUCAUCUGAAAGAUGCCUGUAUGUAUGACCCACGUUUGGAUAAAUGGAUGGAAAUUGCAGACAUGAGCCAGGCGAGGUCUUCUUCGUGUUUAGCAGCAAUGAAAGGUCGUCUUUAUGUUCUUGGUGGAUUUAACGGCCAGUUUCUGCAAUCUGUGGAGAUGUACGAUCCGAGAGCUAACUUAUGGGAACUUGUGGCAGAUAUGACAAUGACUCGUGUUCAUUUUGGUGCUUCUGUUGUAUGAAAUACUGUUGAGAUCAGCCUGUCUUCACACUCGAUAAACAUUUGGAUAUUCAGAAUUAUCUGAGACGAAAGCUUUUCUCAUAUAAUUGACGGUAUCUGGGCCAGAUCUUCACCUCGAAAUGCGAAAGCAUUCAACAAGAUUGAUGCUGUGAAAUCAUUAGUCCAGAUAAUGUUUUGAUCAAGUCAUUAGUCGAGAAGUUCAACAACCGCCUGCUAUAGCCUUUAUAGUGUGAAACUAAAGUUAGAUAGAACGACUAACUCUGUACAUUUGUACAUUUGCCAGAGAAGAAACUAUUUUUGUGCGAAUAUUGGUCAA